AAUGAUUCCAAUUUGGAAGAAGCUGACAUCCUUCGGGAUGCGUUAUCAUGCCGACGGGAUUUCCGGCUUGUCAGCAUAACGUGUAAGCAUGGCAAAACAAGGCUUAUCAAUCCAAGAUGUUCCGAAACACUUUCCUUCAGUAUAAAAACAAUUGAUUAUCGUAAUUAAUAGUACAAUUAGUGGUGUUCAAUUCACGUCUUGAGAUCAUAUUUGUUACUCUACUAGGCCAAUAAUAUUCUUCAAACGAAAGCAUGUCCGAAUACGGCUCGUCCAAAAACCUAUCCGGCGGAUUAAAACUCUUCGCCAUAUUUUCUAUGUUCACCGGAACCGUUGAUCUAAUCGUUGGUCAUAAACUCAUUAUACCCGCAUCGGAACGAUCUCUCCUCCCAAGCCCAACACUCGCCUUCGUGGAUAACCAGCUUCGAUUCUUGGGAGCGAUUUGGAGUGGAUAUGGAAUGAUCCUCUGGUGGGCUAGUAGCAACCUUGAGACGAGAAAAGUCCCACUCUCGCUGCUUGGAACCGCCAUGUUCUUGGCUGGUGUUGGUCGGUUGACCUCAGGCUUAAGUCUGGGCUGGGGUGCGCCAUGGCUCAAAAUUGCUGCGGCUGCGGAGCUCAUAGCCCCGCCUUUGAUCUAUCUGUUUGGAUUCUGAAAGGGAAACGAAAGUCUCACACAGAGAUAAAGCCCCGUAUGUCUGGGUAAAAUCAACCUCCGGAGUUCUUACUUUCCAGUAUCUCCUUAGUGAUGUUAGUGGGAAAGUCUAGGAUUCGGGGCAUUUGUAGGAUGUUCCGACAAAUCCUCGUGUCUAUACUUUCUGGAUACUUUCAGGCAUCGCGGCUGUGAUGGUUAUUGCUGCUGCAUGGCUAUUUUGUUUACAUACACAGGAAGAUGAUAUGACCACUAGUUAGCCGUAAGCUGAUUGAUGGUUAAUCAAGCUCAGGAUACUCAACUCUAUACUUGAAAAUAUGUUUAUUACGCAGUAUUUACACUGUAAAUUUAUCAUACGAUCUCUACAGGUACCGUAUGCCUCGACAUCUUGUCGAACUAGAGUCUAGGUAGUCAUCUGUGAGAAUAAAC